AUGACCUCACCGUACUCUCCGACCGACAAACGGGCUGACUCACCCUUAUUCGAUUUCUCUGCUCCAAAUGAAGAUCUAGGCGAAGCGGAAUUUUUGGAUAAUGUUGAUUUAGAUGCGCCUUCACCCAAUCCUGCGAAAGACGGACAGGAUUCAUGGCGAGGCUCGACUUCAUCAUCAUCAUUCAAGUAUGCUUCGGCUUCCACAGCGAGCUCAUCAAGGCCACCUCUGUCAACCAAGUCGAGUGCCAUGAGCACAAAUACAGUUUCAACACUGCUCACGGCAGGAGGACCAACUCCGCUGGUCUUAGGUGUAGCUGUGGUGGAUUUCAAUCACUUAAUUGGACCGACAGUAGAAUUCUCUUAUCCACCUUCAUUGACGCUCGCUAUUCAAGACGAUGAAGAAUGGAUGAGGUUAUUGCCAUUCCUGGCAUUGCCUGACGGAGCACAUCUGAGCGAGGAGGAUUAUUCAUAUUUUCAUUGCACAUACUCACCUUCAGGCGGUCAAGUACCUACAGAUGUACCUUCAUCGCAAACACUAUUCGGUAUAUCGUGUAAUCGUCAGUUAGCUUCUUCAGAACUCACCCGUCGGCCAAGCGAUGUUACAAGAAGUACUGUACAGAAAGCUGUAGUGGUGAUAGCUAGUCAACCUGUAUUUGGGCCUAUACGAGAUAAACUUGGAGUGGUGACUAGGGCAUAUUUCGCACAACGUGACUUCACUCAAACGGAGAUACUGGAAGAUUUCUAUACCUCAUUGGAAUCUAGCUUAGAAGGAAAGAGCAAUGAAGGAGCCAUCUACAUAGGUACAAGUCUAAGGGAAUUGAUACACAAAUUUAGACAUAAGACUUUGAUUUUACUGAAAUUAUUGAUGUUGCAAAAGAAGGUUAUGCUAUAUGGAUAUCCUGUAGAGAAAUUGUGUACAUAUCAGUAUUCACUGGUGUCACUUAUUCCAGGUCUACUGAUGAGCCUGAAAGACUGUGGUGCGCCAGAUCUUGAUGUGAAGAAAACAAGGGUGCGGCCAACAUCAUUGCGGACGAGUGAUAGGUCAAGUCUGCUCCGAUAUAUGGGUCUACCUUUACAAGUCUUCGGUAAAGAUUCAUUCUUCCAGCCGUACAUGCCGUUACAACAAAUCCACAUGCUUCAAGCCAAAUCUUGGUUGAUAGGUACAACUAAUCAAAUUGUAACGCAGCAAAAGGACUGCAAAUACGAUCUGCUUGUGAACAUUGAUACUAAUACUUUCGAGUUCACCGACCCAAAGUUAGAAAGAAUAGUGACAUUGACACCGUCGGAUAGGAAAUGGAUGGAUGAUGUGGUCAGGACGGUCGAAGAGACUUGGAGCAUGUCUGAAGGAGAGCGCCCUGGAUUCCGAGGAAGUGACGAUGACCUUCGAUCUCGAUUUGAGGAGUACAUUUGCGCUACUUUGUCAUCCAUUAAAUAUGCAGAGUUUUUGACGAAAGCGAAGAGGCAGGAUAUCUCGAUAGUAGGCGUUGGCGGACCAGCUGGAGACGGAGCUAUCCUUGCUCCCUUCUCGGAACAAUGGAUAUCCACUUUCAAAUCGACUCAAGCUUAUGAGAUCUGGAGUGGAUGCACAGAUCCCGCCCUAUUUGAUAUUUGCGAACCUAGACACCCUUGUGACGGCAAAGUCAAUGCCGUUUCUGACUUGGGUUUGAGAUUAGCUGAAGGAUUCCAUGAUCUCCACUUGGACCAGCAACUCGGACCUACUAAAGAAGCUCUGAGCUCAGCUUUCGCAGCUGGAUCUUCGUCCAUAUUCAAAGCAUUUGAUGGUGUUCGAUCAGAAGUGAAUACUCGUUUACAGCAGAGAGAAGAGAAUCAUGCUCAAGCGAAAUCCGCCCUUGGAUCAGGAAAUAACACGCCACCUACAACGAAGAACCCACAAGCCGGAAAACAAAUCGAGGAUAUCAAAGCUACUUUGGGAGGUAUCGGUAGCGGUAUAGGAAGUUUCUUUGGAUCUAAGAUAUCAGGAUUCAGAGCCCCCCCAAGUGGAUCAGCAAAUGCAUCCUCAUCGGCUAACCCCACAGUGAGGGGCAUCGCCAGAGAGGAUGGCGCAGUAAAAGGCGGAUUGAGACCGAUGAGUUUGAUGGGUAGUAGCAAUAGUUCCGGCUCAUGCUACUCUAGGGAGAGAUGUCUCCUGCAUGUCAGAGAACAUGAGAUGUAUCCAAUAGCUUCAGGUCGUCAAGGUGAUAUAUAUGCCAUUCGAUCAUCUCCAAACAAAAGAUGUGAUGCUGGUACUUGCAAAAUUGAUCACCGACAUGUAAUUUCCGAUACACGUCUUUCGAAUAGAAUUGACUCCAGGGAUGGAGGUGGAAUUGACGAAUAUGGUGGAUUGGAAUCAUGGCAAGUAGUCAAAAUCGUCCAUGCUCCAAGAAAUGGGAGAGCAAACGGUAAUGAGCCUCAUGAUGUGCUCAAGGAGAUGAAGUUGUUGAAGACGAUGAACCAUCCUAAUAUAGCUCCUUUAUUGAGUUACGAAUAUGAUCAAAGUAAAAUUCAACACAGCCUGACUCUGCCAUUGUAUCCAAUCAGCUUAUCGACUAUAUUGGAAGACCCUUUAUUCCCCUUCAAUAGCCCUACAUUGAUACACGACAAGGUGAUUGAUCUACCGAAAAGGAUAUCCUAUCAGUUACUUUCAGCUAUCUCCUAUAUUCAUAUUUUUUAUCCUCCAACCGCGCAUCGAGAUUUAAAUCCGUCAAAUGUCAUGUUCGAUUGGAAGGGGGAUGUCAAGUUGAUCGAUUUCGGUACUGCUUUUUCUGUUUGUCCGCCGUCACCAAAUACGCAUGCGAGCAUUGAAGAGUCGGAUGAAGUAGGCGAGGAGGAUCUUGAUGAAGACCAGAACGAGUUCAACCUGGUGGGUACGGAUGGGGAAUGGUUCGAGGAUGAAGGGAGUAUGUGUUGUGAUGUUGGAACAGGAUCCUAUCGAGCUCCCGAGCUGCUUUUCUCUCCUACAUCCUACGAUCCAUUGUUUGUCGAUCUAUGGUCAGUCGGCUGUAUGAUAGCUCAUCUAUUUCGAACGUACGGUCCAUCGUCAAUCUCUUCGGAUGGCUCAUCAAUCUCAAUUGCGAGCUCGGACGGCUCAUCUGACCAUGAAUACGAGUCUGGGUCGAACGACGACUACGAUCCAUUGGACGGCCCGUCAUCUCCUUUCAGAAGCGAAAAAGAAUCAUCGAGCAGAAAACCUUUAUUCAACGCUACGUUUGGCUCAUUAGGUCUUGCAGCUAGCAUAUUCAAGGUAUUAGGUACGCCCACUCCACAUAAUUGGCCUGAAUUCUACUUACUUCCAGAUGCUGGAAAGAUCGGUUUCCCCUUUUCUCCACCUACCAAUCUAUUGGAUCAUUUACCGGAACUAGCAAAUCGAGAGAAUUUCAGAGAUAUACUGGAAGUCAUUGAGAGAUUACUCGUUCUUGAUCCGAUCAAAAGGAUAUCAGCUUCUCAAGCCUUGGAAUUGAGAUGGUUCAAAGAUAUUCAACAAUCAAAUGAUCCACAACAAUCAAUCGAUCCUGGAAAUGGUAUAGGAAAUUGGUUAGAUAAGGCAAAAGAAAGAUAUGACUUUUUGGCCAAGAAGUCAUUCUGUGAAUAG